AUGCGUCACACUGAAGUUGUAGGUUUAUGGCGGCCAACGGAUCCGCCGCCGGGAGGAAAGACUCGUGUAUCCCGAGCCACCGACCAAGGGGCGUCGCACACGUCACACGCCCACAAAUUUGUCAUCAAGUCCACGGCCAUGAUCCGCCAGUCGAGUCUCACUAGAUUCAUCGUCAACAAGAAGAACAAUACUGGAAACGGUGAGAUUCAAUGGUGUUUCUCACAAGUUAAAGGCACGUUGGAAGACGAUGUUACAGAAGCUGAUUUAAUUUCCUGUGUGGAGUUUAACCAUGAUGGAGAAUUAUUGGCGACUGGUGACAAAGGCGGUCGAGUAGUAAUAUUUCAACGGGAUCCUAUGAGUAAAACAUGUAUUCCAAGACGAGGGGACUAUACUGUAUAUAGUACGUUCCAGAGUCAUGAACCUGAAUUUGAUUAUCUUAAGAGUUUAGAAAUAGAAGAAAAAAUUAAUAAAAUUAGGUGGCUCAGACGUAAAAAUCAAGCUCAUUUUCUAUUGUCUACUAAUGACAAAACCAUUAAAUUGUGGAAAGUGUCUGAAAAAGAUAAGAAAAUUGAAGGAUAUAAUACUAAAGAAGACAGUGGUAUUAUGAGGGAUCCAAUGAAUAUUACUUCCUUGAGGGUACCAGUGUUAAAGUCAAUGGAAUUAAUGGUUGAAGCUUCUCCAAGAAGAGUAUUCGCCAAUGCUCAUACUUACCAUAUUAACUCAAUCAGUGUUAAUUCUGAUCAAGAAACCUAUCUGUCAGCUGAUGACCUAAGAAUAAAUUUAUGGAAUUUAGAAAUCACUGAUCAAAGUUUCAAUAUUGUUGAUAUUAAGCCAACUAACAUGGAAGAGCUCACCGAAGUCAUAACAGCAGCUGAAUUUCAUCCGCUGGAAUGCAACUUAUUUGUAUACAGUAGCAGCAAGGGUACAAUUCGUCUAUGUGAUAUGCGAUCUUCAGCAUUGUGUGAUAAGCAUGCUAAAUUGUUUGAAGAACAAGAUGAUCCAACUACGAGAAGUUUCUUUUCUGAAAUCAUAUCUAGUAUAUCCGACGUGAAAAUUUCCAAUUCUGGUCGUUACAUGAUGUCUAGAGAUUAUAUGACUAUUAAGGUUUGGGAUUUACAUAUGGAAACUAAACCAAUUGAAACAUAUCCCGUGCACGAGUACUUGCGACCUAAACUAUGUUCAUUGUAUGAAAAUGAUUGUAUUUUUGAUAAAUUUGAAUGCUGCUGGUCAGGCACUGAUCAAUAUAUUAUGACUGGUGCUUACAAUAAUUUCUUCCGAAUGUUUGAUCGAGCAGCUAAACGAGAUGUCACAUUAGAAGCUUCUAAAGAAAUUGCUAAGCCUAAGACAGUAUUGAAACCUAGAAAAGUGUGUAUAGGGAAUAAACGUAAAAAAGACGAGAUUAGUGUCGAUUGUUUAGACUUUAAUAAGAAAAUUCUUCACACUGCGUGGCAUCCGAAUGAAAAUAUUGUUGCUGUUGCGGCCACCAAUAACUUGUAUUUGUUCCAAGAUAAAUUGUAGCCUUAGCUCUGACUACCGCUUUCAUUGUCUUUAAAUGUCUUAACAAGAUGGGAUUCUGAUUGCGGAUUAACAAAAUGUAUAAGAAAAUAUACACAGUGUUGAGCUUCAAUAGCAGAGGAUAAGAUUCUGGUAUCUUAUGUUAUUCAACAAUAUUGUACAAAAUAUAAUGUCUCCUCGGAAUCCCCUUUUUGGAUAAUACUGCUCGGCUCGUUUUAUACAUCUUUUUUUUUUUUAAUUCCCCCUUCCCAAAAUUUAUUUCUAUUAGUUUACAGUUCUCUAAUGAGGAAUUGCCUUCAUUUUAUAUAUAUUUAUUAAUUAUAAAUUAACAUAAAAUUUUUUUUAGAGUAAAAAUUACUUCUGUAUAACUUUUCUACAAAAAAAUAUUUAAUUAUGUUUAGUGGCGAGCCCAAACAUUCAAUUUAAUUAUAUAUAUAAAAAAAAAUUGUACCAGUGAUGCGUAGAUUAUGCGAUCAUUUAUAUAUUUAUUUAUUUUUAUGUACAUACCAAUGUUUUUUAUGAUAAUAGUUAAUGUGUAAGGUUACAAAAACUCGUGAAGAGUAAAGGUCAAACACUAAUGAAAAAACAAAGAAAAUAUAUUUUCUAUUAUUUUGUUUCUUGUUUGGACUUCGCCAAGCACCAUUGAUGGACGGAUAUAAUUUUGUUGAAAAUCAAAUUAAAUUUAAUACACGUAAACUAAUUAUUAAAAAAAAAAUGUGUACAAUAACUUAAAAAGAUGAUAAAAAGAAGCCUCGCAUCUGUUUUUGAUGGGUGAUGAUAACGGCUAUUGUUGUUUUCUCUUUUUAUUUUUACAAAUGCUAAAUUUAUUUUUACGCCCGUGAAUUUUAUUUUCUGUACCUAUUUAUUGAUAAUAAUAAUAAUAAGUAUUAAUUGACUCGAAUUA